AUGGGCCCCUGUGUUGGUGCGCUAUUGCUGCUGUUGCCCUGCUUAUUUUCUGCUCAACUAAGCACUGUGUCUGGACCUGAGGGCACCUCCAGCCUGCAGCCCACAUCAGCACCCCUUCUUACAGACUCAAAUACCAGCAUUAUAGCAGGGAAGAGCCUCUCCUCUAGCAUCCUGCUCACCAGUCCGGGCCCUAGCCCAACAGUAAAAGUGAGCGUGGUGGAGGACUGGCCUGCUGCAGAGAAUUACCUCUACACAGGUGAUUCCUCCUCUUUGGCUUCUUCUACCUGUACACAGCCUUUCCAGUUGCCUGUUCAGAGGGGAGCUCCACCUAGAGACCUUCCCCCUCUCUUGCAUCAAGCCAUAGGAUCUCUGACCAAUGCUGCCAACUUCCUCAACUUGAUAUUCCAAGCUAGUGAGCUUAGAGAAAUGAGUGUAAGAGAGGAUAUUGAGUGGUAUCAUGCCCUGGUCCGGGCCAUGCUUGAAGGGGACAGGCCAGGCCUGGUCAGACGAGCUUUUCUGACGUUUGAUGCCGACCCCACAAUCCAGCAACCGCAACUGGUGCUUCGUGCCUCCAAGGGCUCAAUGCAGGACAUUCUCCUGCAAGAACUUACUGCUGCCUGGGACGGCCUUCUUCCUCCAGCCCCGGACCAGAGCUGGUUUAAUACCUUCAAGUCCAGCUCCCCACCCCUCCAUGCCAUGUCUAAACGGGUUCUGCUAAAUGAUCUAAGCACCCUAGAUACACCCAAGUGGGCACUUGGGGACAGUUAUGUGAUCAAUAGCAGUGGGGUCCAUUGGGGCAAAGCACCUUUCCUUGAGUGUGAAGGUGGCCGUUUUAUGCCAGGAUGGCUAAUAAGCCUCUCCAUGCCCUUUUAUGGGCUGAAGCCAGACCUCAGCCCAGAAUUCAGGGGUGUGAUCCGUGUCGACGUGAACAUCCAGGGAUUCAAUGUGGAUCAGUGUGCCAUUGGAGACUUCUGGUUUGCAAACACACACAAGUGUAAUUGUACCAGUAUGGAGUGCGUGCCAAUCCCGCAACAAGGUUUCCGGAUGGGUCGGUACUGCUGCCGAUGUAAAAAAGGCUACUACAGCCCAGUUCCAGACAUACCAAACAAAAGGGACAGCCGUGUGAAUUCGACCCGGGCUUGUUAUCCUGAAGUCCCUGUCUGUCUACCCUGUUGGCCUGGCUGUGCUCAGUGUGAGGAUGGGGCCCCGUGUUGGGUGCAAGAAGACUGGCUUCUCAGAGCAGGUGUUUUGGCUAUGCAGGGGCUCUUUAUGGUCCUUGUGCUUAUCAGCAUGCUGGUGGCAUAUCAGUGCAGAAGAACCAAGCGGAUCCGAUCCUCAGGGCUUUUGCUGCUGGAGAUGAUCCUGUGUGGUUCUCUGUUGCUGUACUUCCCGGUCUUCAUUCUAUACUUCAAACCCAGCACUUUCCGGUGCAUUCUACUCCGCUGGGUCCGUCUGCUUGGUUUUGCCAUUGUUUAUGGAACUGUGACACUCAAGAUGUACCGGGUUCUGAAAGUUUUCCUCUCACGAACAGCUCAGAGAGUUCCAUACAUCACUACCACAGGUGUGCUGAGGAUGCUGGGAGUCAUAGUGCUAACUGUCAGCUGGUUUCUGUGUGCAUGGACAGUGGGUGUCCUGCAGAAUCGAGACCGGAAUAUACCAUUACUUAUAAUAUCCACCACCUCAGCAGGACAGGGCUUCAAUGUGUGCGACCUGGACCGGUGGGACUACAUGAUGGCCCUGGCGGAGCUGUUGUUUCUGUGCUGGGGCAGUUUCCUGUGCAGUGCAGUUAAGACAGUACCUUCAGCAUUUCAUGAACCACGUUACAUAAGCAUCGCUAUCCACAAUGAGCUACUUCUCUCCUCCUUGUUUCAUCUUCUCAGAUUUGUCAGGCCAUCACUUCAUCCUGAUUGGAUGCUCUUGCUGUUCUUCGCUCACACGCAUGUCACAAUUACAGUAACACUCUGCCUGCUCUUUAUACCAAAGUUUCUUCACACGUCACGGUCGGGUCAGGAGGAAAUCGCUGCAGAGGUAUAUGAGGAUGAAGUGGACCUGCGGCGCUCAUGCUCUUACCUCAACAGCAGUUUCACCUCUAACUGCUGGAGUGAUCACAAUCUGGACCCCGAUGACUUUCGGGAUGAGCUGAAGAAACUGUAUUCUCAGCUGGAAGUCCACAAGACCAAGAGGAUGGCAAACAACAAUCCCCAUCUGCCAAAGAAGCGCAGCUCUCGCCUCAGUAUUGGACGCUCCCUCAUUAAACGAAUCACAGAGAUCCCAGAAAGUUUAAGCAGACAAUGCAGCCGUGAAGACAAGGAUGUCAGUGCCUCCAUAGGAACUAUAAUCCGCUCAGGAUCUUAUUACAAAAGUCAUCAAACCACAAGCUUUAAUAUGAUGAAUGAAACUUUAAUGCAGCCCUCCCCAAAGCUUCGGAAGUCCCAUAGUGCCUAUGAUUGUGCCCCAGAGAGAGACAUCUCCCUAUUAAACUCCUCCAUAAAGAGCACAACAGACAAGAGGGCUUCACAGCAUUCCGACGCAGGAUCCAUCAAUACAACAUUGCUGGUCUGCAAAUCUGCAAGUGCCCACAAUCUAACAAUAGACACUAACCUUCUACUUCCUGAGCCCACUAGGUUUCAAAAGUCACUUAGCGUCAUAGAACGCAAUGAUCAUCGCUCUCUGACUCCAUGUAGAAGCAUUGAAAAUGUGUCACUUCCUGGCAAAGCAACUCCAGCAGAAAAGCCCCGGCAAACUGUGGAUGUCAGCAUAAAGAAGCAGACUUCAAGUGCCUUGCUCGCUGAGUCAUUUGACAAGGCAGAGGUCUGCCCGUGGGAGGUUCCCGAGGAGCUUCCUGCAAACAAGAAUCAAAAACAUGUCACAUAUUCUCUUUCAAAUCAAGAGGAACCCAAAUCCCCUGGUGACAAAUCAUCACCAACGCUAUUAUAUGUCUGUCCAUGGGAAUACUUGCCAUCUCCUACUCCCCCUGCAACAGAAACUGGGAAUGGAAUACAAGCAGAUGUUGAUUCCACAAAACCCAAGCCUCUGAUCUCCUGUAGUGCUCCAGGGUCUCCACAUACAGUCUCUGGCAAGCAAAAGGAGUUUCGCGUUUUCUCUUUCCGCUCAACUACCCAAAGCUUCCUUGCAGCAAAGGGCCUGGAAGAGACUGGAAGAAGUAUGAGCACAGAAAAAAGCCUUCAAGAAAGCAAUGUUAAGGAGAGGAUGCUACUGAAAUCCCUGUCCACAUCCAUGAGACUGUCCCCAGGUAGUGCAGCUUCAGACAAGCGUAACCCACAGACACAAAGACGGGCUAUGACUACCUUAGGUACUAAACCUUGCCUUGUGAAACAAGCAGCAAUACGUCUGCCAUCUACAGAUUCUCCUGAGAGGAGCCCAAAACACACUGCUCCUGUUCACAUCUGUCCAUGGGAGUCAGAGGAGGUGAUCUUGGAGGUCAAGAAGCAGAAUGUGAAUGAAAAUAUAUUACAAAGACAAUACAGUGACAAGCAAGCACUACCCGUGACACUUAAUAAUGAUAGCUACAAACCCCCUGGGUUCCAACUUAAAUCUUUAUUGGCUGUUCCAAAUACAGAGGUGUGUCCAUGGGAUGUUCCAAAACCAUUUCAUCAAUCCAGCAUUUCUGAAGUUUGUCCUUGGGAGGUUGUGGAACCAGAGCAAUUGCAAACCAAAAGCAUGCAUACUGAUGUUUGUUCUUGGAAAACAGAUUUCAACCAAUCAAGGCACACUGAAGAUGAUACCUAUACCACUGUUGAAGUUGGGGAUGUACAAAAGCAGGCAAAUGUGAAGCCUGAAGCAUGUCCUCUGAAUGUACUAGACACUAAUACAUCUCAGGUUAGACAGGAAUCCACCAAAACCUCUAGUGACACAAUAGAACCUGGUGAAAGGAUAAUUUAUGUUCAUGCAGGACAAAGUCCAGUAGACCAAGAAACAGUUCAGGGUGAGGCACGUUCCUUGGAAACAAGAGAAACCCAAAAACAAAAAGAAAGUGGUUUUCCUGAACCACCACCACCUGUAACUGACAUAAGUCCUUGGGAUUCAGAGACAGUGAUUAAAAAAGCAACUGUACACCCAUGGGAAGUAGAGGACACUAAGAGGUCGGAAGGGAUGGAAAGUGCCAAGAACAAGGGGCCAAUAAAAUUAGAAGAACAACAAGAAAGUGUCUGUGCCGAUGUUUGUCCAUGGCAGACAAGUGAACCAGUAAAGAUGUUGCAGAAACAAGAAAGUGUUCGUGCAGAUGUUUGUCCAUGGGAGAUGAGUGAGCCAAGUAAGACCUUGCAGAAGCAAGAGAGCAUCCAUGCAGAUGUAUUUCCAUGGGAAACUGAAGUGCCAGUGAAGACCUUGGAGAAGCAAGAAAGUUUCCGAACAUGGGAGAUGAGUGAGCCAACUAAGACCUUGCAGAAGCAAGAGAGCAUCCAUGCAGAUGUUUUUCCAUGGGAAACUGAAGUGCCAGUGAAGACCUUGGAGAAGCAAGAAAGUGUCCGAACAGAUGUUUGUCCAUGGGAAACUGAAGUGCCAGUGAAGACCUUGCAGAAGCAAGAAAGUGUCUAUGCAGAUGUUUGUCCAUGGGAGACGAGUGAACCAACAAAGACCUUGCAGAAGCAAGAGAGCGUCCGUGCAAAUGUUAGUCCAUGGGAGGAAAAUGAACCAGUCAAGAUGUUGCAGAAACAAGAAAGUGUUCAUUCAGAUGCCUGCCCAUGGGAGGCAAAACCAUCACCCAAACAAUCUGUUUCACAAGACACCCAUGCCGUCACAUCAAAGAGGCAAGACAGUACUCAAAAAUCUUACUGUCCCUGGGAAAACUGCAUGGAAACACCAGAAAAAACAGAAGGAAGCACCUGUCAAACUCCCACAGAUUGGGGAGAAGUAGGUGCAACACAGUCCCCAGAAGAGAUGAGGGUUAAUACUCCACUGGCUCGGUGUGACGCAUUGUGCCCUUGGGAAAUGGAAGGGGGCAGACAAGAAUCUAUAACAGUGCAUGAUAAUUCAGAUGUCUUCACUUGGGAGGAAAUGAUACCAGAGGAAGAUGAUGGUGAUGCAGAAACUGCUGCAGAGGCCUUCAUCUUCCCUCCAGACUUGUAAACUGUAAGGGCAAUUUUAUUGUGCUUUAAGUUGAAAGACUCAAAAGUUGUGUCAACACACAUUUAAGCCAAUGAAGAAUGUUCCUUCACCACCAUCAGCAAACUGUUAUGACUGUUAUUUAAAAAUGGAUUCCACGUAUGGCAACUUUCUCUCUACUGUCUCAGCUUAAUAAGCUGUAUGUGAAGACCGACUGUGGCUUCAAAAUGGACUGCUCUCCUGUGCACAUUUCCCUUUGGUCUUACAUUCACAUGAAUCCUUCAUUUAAUUUGGCAUCAUUUUGUGUCAUUGUGUUCUUAUGGCUUUGUAGAUUGCUUAAGUUUUUAAAAACCAGCAUCACCUUCAAAUCCAGAUGCUGACAUACACUGGGUAAAAUGUUUAGAACAUCGUCACACAUUUUUUUUUUUGUCAUAAUCCGUUGUUUAAACUUUAAACUAAAUAACUAAGUGAAGAGGAAAGCUGUUACUUUACGUCCAUGUUGUUUUUAAUUUAAGCUCUAUUGACAGCACAAGUAUAUUUCAACCAAAAUGAUGACUAAACAAGUUAUUAAUCUGUUUUAGACAAUAGCUGAUCAGGAGUGCCAUCUACAAAUCAUUAUUAAAAAUAAGGUAACAGUACUGUAUUACAUAUCAACGUGACACAUACUUCGUUGAAUUACAGACUGCGUCACAAAAGGUUUAAAUAUUAAGUCCAUAUUGUUCAUUACUACUAUUCAGUUUUUACAUAUGUAAUUAAUUACACAAUAACAUGGACACUAAUGUAAAGUGACUGAAAAAUGUAAUGUAAUCUUGAUCUAUAAGGAAAUAUGAUGCAAGAGUAUAACUAAUUCCUAUAAAUAUAUAUAUUUAAGUUUUAGCAAUGAGAUUAAUGUUCUUUUUGUUUUGUAGAAUUCAGUUUUGAAGUCCCCAUGUGUGUGAAUACAUGUGAAAAAACCCUUGAGGGUUUACAAAACCAAUGUUUCUUUCAACUUAAGGUUGUUACAACUCAACCUAUUUACAUGCUGCUUUAUUUUAAAAGUCAUGACAGAAAUUAGCAUAAGUAAUGAUUAUUGAAAUGCACUUAUAAUUCCCGCUAGUUAGGUUGUAUUGGUUAUUCUGUAAUUUAUGCACUUGCAGUGUUAGAGUAGCUUUCCAACCAGGAAUAUUAAGACUGUGUUUUUGUAUGAGUAAACAUUUUGUAUGAGAACAGUCGAUUUUCAAUAGUAGCCAAAAGAAGUUUCAAUGUAAAAUAAAUGCAACAUUUUAUUUUUAUAUUCUUGAAAAUCUGUCGAAUGAUCAUUCUGAAAUAAACUUUCUAACCACACAAAUGAGCUUUUAAUGAAGUUUCAUGUGUGGUCAAUGUAACAG